AUGCCCGCUUACCCCCGACCCGAUUUCCACCGGCUCUCACUCAACUGGACCUCCCUAGACGGUCCCUGGGACUUCAUCUUUGACGACGUGGACGUCGGCCUGUCGCAGCGCUGGCACCAGAACGGAAUCCCCGCGAACGUCUCCGAGCAAUCGAAGCGCCAGAUCCAAGUCCCGUAUGCCUUUCAAACCCCUGCGUCGGGAAUAGCCCUCUACGAGGCCCACGAGGUGCUCUGGUAUGAGCGCGCCAUCAACGAUAUCCGCACGCCCGAUGAACGCGCCGCCAGUCACCGAUUGCUCCUUCGCUUCGGCGCCGUGGAUUACGACUGUACCGUUUGGGUCGAUGGGCGCGCAUUCGGAGGACACCGUGGGGGCCAUGUUCCUUUCGACGUCGACGUGACCGAUGCGUUUGCGACCGCUGACGAGGCAUCUCGGCGAUUGACGCUGCGGUUGAAGGACUCCACGUAUGACCUCACUCAGCCGCGCGGAAAGCAGUACUGGGGUCCCGUGCCGCAGGAGAUCUUCUACACACCUUCUAGUGGGAUCUGGCAGUCGGUUUGGCUGGAAAGUGUGCCUCGUUGGAGACUGGGGAAUAGCAGCGAAGGGACGGUGUUGCGGUCGGAUGAUAUCGAUGCCGGACGGCUUCAUGCGCGUGUGGCUGUAGUCGGUCGUCCGGCUUUGAACGAGGGAUCGGUAGAGAUUGAAGUCACAUUGGCCGGCGUCGCGGUGAGUAAAAACAUUGUGAAUCUGCCCCGCGAGAAGGACUGGGUGAGUUUAGACGUCGAGAUGCGUGUUCCCGACGCCAGCACACUGCAGACCCGCGCGCCUUUCAACGUCUCUGGAAGUUGGCGCAACGGCGUCGCUCUGUGGGCUCCGGAGCAUCCGAUCCUCUACGAUGUGACGAUCCGCUUGUACGACGCUCAAAGCAAUCUGCUCGACGAAGUUCGAACCACCGCCGGUAUGCGCCGCGUUUCCUGGCAGUCCGGAGACGGCACCUUCCGAUUGAACGACAAACCGAUUUUCCAAACCCUUGUGCUCGACCAGGGAUAUUGGCCUGAAACCGGCCUGACCCCUCCGUCGCAAGAAGCGCUGCGAGCAGACAUUGAAAUGGCGUUGAGAAUGGGCAUCAAUGGUUGUCGGAAGCACCAGAAAGUCGAAGACCCGGUCUUCUACUACUGGGCCGAUCGACUGGGAUUCUUGGUCUGGGGCGAGAUUGCGAACGCCUACGAGUUCAGCGACGAGUACAUAUCUCGUUAUAACAGUGAGUGGACGGAGGCCGUGAAGAGAGACAUCAACCAUCCCAGCAUCGUGGCUUGGACGCCCUUCAACGAAAGCUGGGCCUACACCUCGUUGAAGGAUAACAUUGAACAGCGGAACCACAUCCGCUCGGUAUAUUACUUGACCAAAGCCCUAGACCCAACUCGCCCUAUCAACGACAACUGCGGCUGGGAACACGUCCAAACCGACCUCACAACCUACCACGACUAUUCCGACUUUCCCGCCCUCACCGCAACCAGCGCAGAUUUCGAAAACGGUAUCCUCGGCCAGAAGUCCAACCGGGAGAUGUUCGUCAAGCCAAUUACAUCGGACUCUGUGGUUUUGGACCCAGGUACGCAGCACAAACCCGGCGCGCCAGUCAUCUGCUCAGAGUUCGGCGGUGUCAAUAUCAUUCCGUCCAAGGGCACGGCCGCAGGCGAUCGGGAUUGGGGCUAUACCACAGCCAGCGACCCGGAGGAUCUGUUAAGUCGGUUGGAGAAGCUGGUCAUGGGCGUUGUGAAGGGCGGGCAUGUUUGUGGGAUGGUUUAUACGCAAUUGUGUGACAUUGAGCAAGAGGUGAAUGGGUUCUAUUCCUAUGAUCGGAAGGAGAAGGUGCCGGCUCAUAGGGUCAAAGCUAUUAUGGAUGCCGCUCAUAAGUACUAUUUUGAUCAUGUAGCACCGAAAUAG